GGACCGCGGGGAUCCCGCACGGCGGAGACACCGCCGGGGACCCCCCCGAGCGCAGCAUGGGCAGCCUCCAGCUGCAGGACUUCGUGGCCGGCUUGGUGGGCGGAAUCGCCAGUGUGGUUGUGGGCCAUCCCCUGGACACGGUCAAGACUCGUUUGCAAGCUGGACAAGGAUAUGGAAAUACACUCAAGUGUUUUCUCACUGUGUACAGAAAUGAGUCUGUGACUGGCUUCUUCAAGGGCAUGUCCUUCCCCAUGGCCACCACAGGGCUGUACAGCUCGGUGGUGUUCGGGGUGUUCAGCAGCACGCAGCGGUUCCUGAGCCAGCUCCGUCACGGGGACGCGGCCGCCGCGCCCUCGCUCGCCGACAUGACCGUGGCCAGCUCGGUGGCAGGGUUCGUCUCCGUGGCCAUUGGAACUCCCGUGGACCUGGUAAAGAUAAGGCUACAGAUGCAAACACAGCCCUACAGCAAAGCAAACGUUAAACUAAAGCCCACAGCUCCUGGAUCUCCCAUGUACCGAGGCCCCAUCCACUGCUUUUGGACAAUCCUACGGAAAGAGGGGGUAGCAGGAGUGUACCGAGGCAUGGUGGCGAUGCUGCUGAGGGAUGUUCCCGGGUACUGCGUCUACUUCAUCCCUUACGCAGUUUUCCUUGACUGGGCGACUCCCGAGGGGUGCAUUUCUCCCAGUCCCUUCUCUGUCUGGCUGGCAGGGGGUGUAGCAGGAGCCAUUUCCUGGGGAUUAUGCACUCCAAUGGAUGUUGUGAAGAGUCGACUUCAGGCAGAUGGAGUUUAUUUAAACCAGUACAAAGGAACCCUUGACUGCAUCUUGCAGAGCUACCAGAAUGAGGGCUUAAAACAAACUUUGCUUCAGUUAAAUGUGAGUGGCACAGAACGAGGAUCUGCAAUUUUAUUGAGUUGCUGAUAGAAACAUCAUCUUCUGACACUGAAAUCAAUCUGUGUUUGUCAUCAGGACAUCAUGUGGCCUCUUAGCUCCAAAGUGCUGAUUUUCACGUUCUGAGAGGGGCGUAACAACCUACAGACAGAAAAAUAACCUGCAAAAUCACAAGUCAGUGUGAUUUCAAUAUUUGCCAGCGUGCCUCUGUGUUAUGCCAGCUGUCACAGGAGCCUGUGCUCUGGUUCAUUUUUUGCCCCUGCCUGAAGAAAGUCACACUGAUGUGAAGCAAAAACACCUGGAGAGAUGCUGAGGGCAGUCCAAGGAGGGACAGGGUGCCCAGGCUCUUCAUUCCAUUUGGUGUGCACUUACACAGCAAAACAUGGGGUGGCUGAAAAGGGCCUUUCCACGUGUUUUCCCUUCUCUCUCCAUCCUCAUCACCUCCUUGUCCUGCCUGAAUAUGAACAGCCCCGGUGCUUGGGGGUUUUGGUUGGAGGUCUGAGCUGCCUGCAGAUUUUGUGUUGUCCCACCUGGCACCCGCAUCAAAGCCAGCAACAGGAUUGAGUAAUAGCUGAUGGCAAGACUGGAUCCUGCUCUCGUGAGGAAAAUCUUUUGAAACGUUGGGAGCCACACCACUGACAAACAGCCAAAGCAGGGCUGGAUGUUUUCAUUCUGGGACAAAGGAACAGCACUCACAGUGCUGGAAAUAAUUGCCUGAUGCACACAAAGAAAUGUAAAUAUAACCCUUAUCUUUUUCCACAGCCAGGUGUGUUCAUUCUGAGGAGAGAAAUGUAUGCCUCUGGGCUUUUCAUCCUAAAUCUUCAUUAUUAUUUAACUCGGUUCUCUUUUGUUACUUUAUGGAUAAUUCAAAA